AUGGAGGAGUUCAAGUUUCUGAAACCAAAGCUUUUCAUGUUCAACAAGAAGAAGCCGCCACAAGCUCGUGAUUCUUCCGAAAAUUGUAAUAAGGGCAAAGACCUUCUUGUUGUAAUCAAAGCCGUGAAUCCCUGGAAAUUAAGGAAUGUUAAGAUUAAUCCCAUUACAGCUUUUCCAUUUCACAAUUUGGGAAGGAGAUUUUACAGCAGUUCUGCAAGGGAGCUUCAAAUGUAUGUUAAUUCAGGACAAGUUGCCAGAGUUUUGCAAUCGUCUUCUUCUUCUUCCCCUGUCUGUGUUUGGCUUAGAAGUCAUAAAUCUAUAGCCUUUGGUAUCUUAUUUGCAUUUACUUUCACAAGUUUGCAAUGGAUACCAUUGUCAGGGAGGACUCACUGGGCUAUUUCCGAGGCUCCUGUAAGUAUUCGGGUUGUUCGGAUUCUGACAGAGAUUUUCCAGGCAACUCAUCAGUUGUUGGGGCUCAAGAAUGAUUUCCAAGUAUCAGGGUAUGUGCCAAGUAAAGAGAUGAUGAUAGCGAAUCCAAAGACGAAUAAUGUUGUUCUUGGUGCUUUCUUCAAGUUUCCUAAGAAAGGAUUAAACUGGGAGGUUAUGGUGGUCGACAGUUAUACCGAGAAUGCUGCUCAUUUCCCGAAUGGAAAGAUCAUGAUUUACGCUCGUUGGCUUGAAAAACCAGAUUUCACAGAUGCAGAUGUGGCAACCGUUCUUGACAAGACUAAUGGUCUCGUCUAUUUCACAGACAGUAGUACGAAAUAUCCACGUAAAGAUUAUGGGUCUAUUUUAUCCACCAGAGAUAAUACUAGAAGGUUGUUGGUGUAUGAUCCCAGAACUAGAACAGUAAGAGUUCAUGCAAACGGGCUCAUGUUUUCGAAUGGUGUCGCCCUCAGUCAGCGAGGUGAUUUUAUUUUAGUGACGGAGACUACUAAUGGCCGAGUUUUGAGAUAUUGGCUUCGUCCAGUACCGGGAAAAUCCGCGGGAAUGAUUGAACCAUUUGCACAACUUCUUGGUAAUCCAGACAAUAUUAGAAAGAAUCAGAAUGGUGACUUUUGGGUGGCCAUGAACUCAAGAGGAGUUCCGAAUUUUACUGGAUUGGGGAUGAUCGCAAGGUCAAAGCUCUUCCUGUUGUUCAACAAGAAGAACCCACCACCAGGUUUUGAUUUCACCAACAUUUAUCAUGAUAACAAGACAAAGAACAGAGAGCAUAAUAGAUCUGUGUUUCGCAAUGCCUUGAAUCAAUGGAGAUUAAGAUCUGUAAGGGAGCUUCAAAAUUAUGUAAAAUCAGGACAAGUUGCAAGAGUUUUGAAUCCUUCUUCUUCUUCUUCUCCUGUAUUGGGUUGGCUUAGAAAUCACAAAUUAAUAGGAUUUGGUCUCUUAUUUGCACUUACUUUCACAAGUUUACAAUGGAUACCAGUUUCAGGGAGGAUUCACUUAGUUCUGUCGGGUCACAAAACAGAGAAUCUGCUCGGCAACUUAAUUUGGGAGUACGAGGCAAGAGAAAAUUGUCAACGAAUUUUGGGUGCAGAGAAUCCGAUGAGCAUUCGGGUUGCUCGGAUUCUAAGAGAGAUUUUACAGGCAACCCAUCAGGCAUUGGGGCUCAAGAAUGAUUUCCAAGUGUCAGUGUAUGUGCCGAGGAAAGAGUUGCAGAUUCCGAAACCGAGGAAUGAAGAUGAAGAACUUGGUGAUUUCUUUAAGUUUCAAAAGAAAGUGAGAGACUAUUAUAAAUCUUAUCCGAACCAAAGGGUUCAACACAAGCCUUUGAAAGUUAGGAAAUUCGGGAUCAAAUAUGGUACGCAGCAAUUUGAGGGAUUAAACUGGGAAGUGAUGGUGAUUGAUGAUCAUAUAAAGAAUGCUGCAUUUCUUCCAAAUGGAAAGAUUGUGUUUCACGCCAAAUGGCUUAAAAAUCCAGACUUCACAGAUGCAGAUGUUGCAGCUGUUCUUGGUCAUGAGGUUGGCCAUGGAUUGGCUCGGCAUGCAUCCGAAAACCUGUUGCGAGCACUUGUGUAUGCAGUUCUUACGUGUUUAAUUCUACCUAAGAUUAUACCUUAUAGCUAUGACUUAAGAUUAGUUUUCCAAGGGAUUGGUCUUACAAUAUUGGUCAUCAACGCCUUCAUUUCCAGGAGGAGGGAAUUGGAAGCUGACCAGAUAGGCAUGAUGCUGAUGGCUGCGGCGGGCUAUGAUCCUCGUCAUGCCCCGGAGUUUUAUGAGAAGAACCUUGAUUUUGAGAGAGAUAUCAUGUCAACCCACCCACCUGGAAAGGCAAGGGCUGAGAAGCUGAGAAAGGUUAAUGUGGUGAGAAGAGCUGAGGACAUAUACAAUCAGGUUCGAGCCGAUGUUGGAGGAGUUGGCCACGGAUUAGCUCGGCGGCAUAGUAUGGAGCCAUUACUUUGGUUUUUAGUACUUUUUUCUCGCUCUCAGCUUUUCGUUGGAAUUGAUGGCUCUGCGUUACUGAUACCAAGAAGUUCUUUUUUCAAAGUCAUUGAUGCCAUCUUCGCCUUCAUUUCCAGGAGGGAAAUGGAAGCUGACCGGAUAGGGAUGAUGCUGAUGGCCGCGGCUGGCUAUGACCCUCGCCGUGCCCCAGAGUGUUUAGAGAAAUAUGGACCACCCAAAAGCAAUUUCAAGUCACACUCUCCUACCGGGAAGGAAAGGGCUGAAAAGCUGAGAAAAGAUAAAGUGAGGAGGAAAGCUGAGCAGAUAUAUAAUAAGGUUCGAGCUGAUGGUACUACUAUGACUAAGGAAGGCCUUAGAGCAAUAUUGCUAAAAUCAGAUCAAGAGGUCAAACCGUGCAACCUACAAUCACAUAAUUCCCUCCAGUUUAGGACGGAAAUAGAAGCUGACCGGAUAGGCCUGCCACAAAUGGCUGUGGUUGGCUUUGACCCUCGUCUCGGCCCACAGUGUUUAGAGAAAUAUGGAACACCUGAGAGCAAUAACAGUCAACCACCCCUUCUGGAAAGGAAAGGGCUGAUGAAUUGA